AUGAACAGAAUUUUUUUAACCUUGCUACUUGUUAGUGUCUGUCUUUGUUAAGAAGGUACUAAAUAUAUGUAAAAUAAGAAACUCUAAUUUAACUUGAAAAUGGAGUAAGUUUGACCAAUCUAAAUAAACUUAUGGCUAUGGAUUAUAGUCAAUUAGAUUGUUAAACAAAUUUAUUAUAAGUUAGUCACUAAUUGAAAAUGUGGAGUGAAUUAUUUUAAGAUGAGAAAGUUAUUCAUCAUGAAAUUAGAUUAUUAAGUACAGCUCAUAAAAUACUUAAUCAAUAAAAGUUUAAUAGAUUGAGAAACACAAGUACAGUGAAAUUUAAUGAUAGACACUGUUCAAAGAGCAAAAAGAAUUCUUGCUGCCCUAAGACACAAUACACAUAAGAAAUAGCAUACUAUUUAUUAACAAUGGAGAGUGAAUGAAAUCAAUUAAUUGAAACAUUCAAUCUAAUUAUUACAAACAGCAACAAGUAGGAAUAUAUAAAAUAUAAUUUUUAGCUGAAGAUGAAGGAAAAUAAUGUUGUGAUAGAAUUGAAUAAUUAAUCAAUAAAUUUUUAGAUGAAAGAAAACAUAUUGCUAAAUAAUGUGGAAAUGCUGAUGUAAAUAUCUUUUAUAAAGUUAGGUUACCAUCAAUAUUAUAAAUGAUAAUGAAAAUAAAAUAGAAGUUAUUAAUAAAAAAUGUAAUGAAAAAGAUCCUGAUGUAAAAAUUAAUAGAGUUGAUUCAAUUGAUAAAGUUAUUGUUGGAUAAUCUUAAUAAUAGAAGAAAGAAGAAUAAGUUGUUGUUUCUCAAUAAAAAUAAGAAUAAGUUGUUGUUACUCAAUAAAAAUAAGAAUAAGUUGUUACUCAAUAAAAACAAGAAUAAGUUGUUGAAGAACAUCAUGAAUCAGUUGAAGAACAUCAUGAAUCAACAUAAACCUAAACUUAAACUUAAACUGUUACUGAAACUGUAACAGAAGAAACAGUUGAAGAAGAAGAAGAAGUAGAAGAAACUGUCAUUGAAGAAACAGUUACUAAGACUACUUCAUCUAAAGUUGUGGAAUAACCAGAUGAUGAUGAUGAUGAUGGUGUUGAAGGAGAAUUGGUUUCUGCAUAAGGUGUAGGAGCAAGUGGAGAAGGAGGUAGAACAUGAUU